AUGGAGAUAAGUAAUGGAACAUCAUCUGUGAUCGUCUCCAGAAAGAGGCCAUCAGAAGGAAACUAUCAAAAAGAAAAAGACUUGUGUAUUAAAUAUUUUGACCAGUGGUCUGAAUCAGAUCAAGUGGAAUUUGUGGAACACCUUAUUUCACGAAUGUGUCAUUAUCAGCAUGGACAUAUUAACUCUUACCUGAAGCCCAUGUUGCAGCGGGACUUUAUUACUGCUUUACCAGAGCAAGGCUUAGACCACAUAGCAGAAAACAUUCUUUCUUACCUGGACGCCAGGUCUCUGUGUGCAGCAGAGCUGGUAUGUAAAGAAUGGCAGCGAGUGAUCUCUGAAGGAAUGCUUUGGAAGAAGCUGAUUGAACGAAUGGUGCGCACUGACCCUCUAUGGAAGGGGCUUUCAGAAAGAAGAGGGUGGGAUCAGUACCUGUUUAAGAACAGACCUACAGAUGGCCCUCCCAAUUCAUUUUAUAGGUCAUUAUACCCAAAGAUUAUCCAGGAUAUAGAGACUAUAGAAUCUAACUGGCGGUGUGGACGACACAACUUGCAGAGGAUUCAGUGCCGCUCUGAAAAUAGUAAAGGUGUCUACUGUUUACAGUAUGAUGAUGAAAAAAUUAUCAGUGGCCUACGAGAUAAUUCUAUUAAGCAUGGUGCAUUUGAGAGUCGUCAUUUAGCAAUAGUUGAUUCCUUUUUGUCGCCAAGUGGUAAUCCACUUUAUGGGUAUACCUCAGUGUGUUUGUCCAUCUGCCUGUUGAAGGACAUCCAUGUUUCCAGUUUUCAGAAUUAUGAAUAA